CUGAUAAGGGUGUUUUCACAAAACCGUCCCUCCGAAAAUUAAAAUUAAUCCUGUGGCUCCAUUUUUGAAAUGCAGCAAAAGCCACCCAUGAAAAGGUAUUAUAUAUACUAGCGUGGGCUCCGGCCAGUUGGCCGGAGGAAGGUGAGGUAUGAAAUUUGAUAAUGUAAUGGAGUGUAUAGCUUAUUGUUGUAUAGUUUUUUUUUUGGGAAACACGUAAUAAAAAUAAAAAUUUUAGCAGGAAAGAGACAUGAAUGAUGCAACGAAUCAAAAAUUGACCUUAUGAACCAAAAUCAAGUACCUGUUACCUUGUGAAACAAUAUUUUUUCUAGUAAUAUGAUGAGGUGGGGUAAGUUUUAUAGAAACCGAAUUCCAGAAAAUCGAAUAAAAAAUCGCAUAUCGCGUCGGUUUUCGGAAAAUGAGCAUCUCACAAUCGUCGCUAGCUUUUACUCGGCCCGUUGGCCGAUUAAUUUGCUUUAUAAAACUUUCAUAUUGUCGUCAUUGUGCUUUCUGGUUUUUGUCAGGCCAUGAUAAAAUCUAAGAAAAUCAAGAACGAACAACACGAUUUGGGAUAGGAACCGUCGUUGUCGUAUCCCUAGAAAAUAGUGGUAAACACGAACUCACCUGGCAAACUGGUUUGGAUUGAGAUUUUUAUCGAGUAUCAGGGAACCAUGUGAUUAUAAAUUAGACUUGAUCAAAACAGGUCAAAACUUGAAAUUCAGCCUGUUUGACCGACCCAUGCCAAAUUCUAAUUAUUCUUUACUUUUAAACUUUCUAUUUGAAAAUAAAAAAUAGUGAAAAAAAAGAGAUGACUACAAUUCGCCAUUUGCACAUCAUUUAUUCGGGGAAUAAAACCACAGAAAUUCAAAAGGAAUUGAAAAUGUUUAGGAUCAUUUUAAUGUUUAAAAUAACCAAAGAGAUCUUUCUGUUUAGUUUUUUACUAACAAAUACCAAACGAUUCCCUGUAAAAUACACUAUAAUUUGAUCAUUAUGAUAUAAAAUAAUUAUAUAAUAUAUAUUUGAAGGGUUAUAGGUAUAAUAUGCCCCUCUACUAUGACGUUUUAUCAAACAUGCCCCUCUACUAUUUUUUACAUCAUACAUGCCCCUCUACUUUGUAAAAAUGAUCAAACAUGCCCUUUUGUUAAAAUUUUCAUCUAAAAAACGUUAACCAAGGCCGAAUUAUAGUUUGGGCGACACAAAUGACUAAAAUAUCCCUAAUAUAUUCAUUUUAGAAUUUUUUUGGUUCUUUUGUAUAAUCAAAUCAUUCAAAUAAUUUCACUUUGAGAAGACCCAGGGAAAUAAAACAGGGGACAAAACUGACAUUUUCCCUCCCAUUUGUCGAUGUCAGGUCGUCUAAAUUUCAAUUCAACCAUGAUUGACGAUUUUUCAAUCGACAUUUCAACAGAAGGGCAAAUUUGAUAAUUUUUUCAAAGUACAGGGGCAUAUUUGAUGUAAAAAAUAGUAGAGGGGCAUGUUUGAUAAAACGUCAUAGUAAAUGGGCAUAUUAUACCUAUAACCCAUAUUUGAAAUGAUAAAAAUUGGACUAAUUGGGUUGGUCGAGGUUGAACCAUUGAAUAACUUUAAGAUACAUUAUAUUUUAGCCACUAAGAUAUAAAAUAAUAGCAUAAUAUAUAUUAUGCCAGAGAAAAUAACUUAUUUUAGAAUGGCAAACCAAUGAUGUUCAUUUGUUUUACUUGAUGACCAAAUCCCGUGUAGGUCAGGCCCAUUCAACUCUUUUAUUUUAUGGUUAGCGGUUAGCCUAUUAGAUAUCAUGCAUUAGUUUAUUGUUAAAUUUUUUAUUUUUAGCAAUAAAAAUGAGUAUUGUUUUUAUUUUUUCAUAUAUAUUUCAUCACCACGGAGAAAUAAAAGAGCUUAAAGAAAAAAAUUGACACUCAUGGACCCGUUUAAAUCUGCAUGUGUACGGUAAGUUGGCCCGUUCCACAGAGGAAAGAGAAAAAAAUUGACACUCCCUAUUCUACCCUUCCUACAAACGUUUUUAGAAUGACAAACCAAUGAUGUUCAUUUGUUUUACUUGAUGGUCAAAUCCCAUGUAGGUCAGGCUCAUUCAACUCUUUUAUUUUAUGAUUAGCGGUUAGCCCAUUAGAUACCAUGCAUUAGUUUAUUGUUAAAUUUUUUAUUUUUAGAAAUAAAUGGAGUAUUGUUUUUGUCUUUUCAUAUAUAUUUUAUCACCACGGAGAAAUAAAAGAGAUUAAAGAAAAAAAUUGACACUCCUGGACCCGUUUAAAUCUGCAUGUGUACAGUAAGUUGGCCCGUUCCAUAGAGGAAAGGAAAAAAAUUGACACUCCCUAUUCUACCCUUCCUACAAACGCUCAUGGAGCAGAGAAUUUGAAAUGGGGGAAGAGUUUUUUCCUCCCUGCUAUUAUAUGUUUUUAAUUUAAAAAUAUACAACAAAUGCACUUAGUGUGAUUGGUUAUGAUCCUUGUUCUUCUUUAAAAUGGUCAUUGUUCGAAUCCCAAUUUGUAUCUUUUUAAUGAAUAAAAAAAGUAAUUGUGAAGACCAAAAUGUCCUUCCUAUUUCCACUCUCGUUGCAAGAAUCCCAAUAUGUGUCUUUUUAAUGAAUAAAAAAAGUAAUUGUGAAGACCAAAAUGUCCUUCCUAUUUUCACUCUUGUUGCAAGAAAUUUGAAAUGUGCCUCUCGUUUUUCUCUUCGUUGUAUUAUAAUAUGUGUAGAGUGUAAAUAGAUGAAGUAUUUAAAAAAACUGAAAUUAAGCCCAAAGCUACGGCCCAUGAAUCGGGCCCAGAAAUGGCCCAUUAGUCGCUGUGGAGGAAACGAAUAAGCUCGGCCCAUCAACUAAACUCGUUCCAUCAACUCGCGAACCAUCCCUGCGAGAAAGCCGGGACUCGGCAUCAAAGAAAGCCAGCUGCUCUCAGUUUGGAAUUGGAGCUCUGCAAUCGUAGAUUGUUUGUUUACCAGAGCUCCUGAUUCCUUUCCGUCGCUGAGAAUGAAGUUUAUAGAUUGGUAUGUGAAGAUUGCCGCCGGUUCUGCUUUGAUCGGAGCUUCCAUGGAGUUCUUCAUGAUCAAGACGGGCUUCUAUGAUAAGGUGACGGUUCUGGAGUCCGAGAAACGUGCUUGGGAGAAUUCGCCUGAAGCUCAAGCGAUGAGAGACGCUUUGAAUCCAUGGAGAAACCAUGAGAAGCAGUCGGAAAAGAGUGCCUGAUGGUCUUCGAAUCGACCUUAGCCCAAAGUGGAGCAACAUCCAGCUGGACUACUUCAGUCUGCCUACUGACUACGGAGUAGUUCUCUCACCUGUUCUCGGCCUGUUGCUGCUGCUUACAGUGUUUGUCUCCUCUUUCCCCCCUAAUUUUGGGUGAUAUAGCUAUGGUACACAUAAUGAACAACCAAGUACUCAAUUCGAAUUCUGCAGACAUAUUUAGCUCCUCUGUUUUAGGUUGCACUUCAAUUAGCUCUCUAUCUAUGCUCAUUAGAGGGUGCCAUGUGGUUCUGUUCUCUGCUCGAGAAUCCAACGGCUUAGUUGGAUCGUUCUUGAUGUUUCGAAUGUCAAAUGAUUACGUUGGAUGAAGCCAUGAAUAUUCAAUGGAUUCCCUGUAGAUACUUGAGAGAGUAACAUUUGAGUAUUUGCCGUUUCGAUGUGAUUGUUGAGGUAUGAGAAUCCAACUACUAAGUUGGAUUGUUCUUGAUGUUUUGAAUGGCAAACGAUUACGUCGGAUGAAGCCAUGAACAUUCAAUGGAUUCCCAGUAUAAGUCUUGAGGGAGUAACAUUUGAGUAUUUGCCAUUUCGAUGUGAUUGUUGAUGUAUGAAAAACAUUCCCAGUGAAGCUAGGUAGCUUGACUUUUUGCCAUCUUUUCUGGUUUGUUUUGUUGCGUGAAGGAUCAGUUUGUGAAUGAUAUAGAGAUGACGACAUUAAAAGAGGGAUUAGGAUUCAUGAACUUCUUGUUGGAGCUUCUGGUUUUUAGUGGAGGGCAUUAAUUAGUGUUGAUCGCAAGUUGAUUAGAGCUCUAAUGAUAUGAUUAUUUUUUGUACCAAAUCUUAAGGGAUGAAGAUUGUGAUGUUUAAGGUGCGUCGGUAGAUCCAUCCUCAAGUGCACCUCAUUUGGCUUAUGCUUUAUGUCGUUUCUUCUACCUUUCUUUUUUUCAGCACAACCGUGAUGGUAGUACCAAUUUCCUUGUGAAUUAGGUCAAGAAUGCAUUUUAUUUGCUUCAUUGGUUCAUUUUAAACCAAAGUUGCAUGAUCAAGAUUAAACUUUGUAAUAUAAUCAAUGGUUAGGGUUGAGAGUUAUUACGAUUUGAAAUGAUAAUGGUACUCUUUUGUAAUUGAGGAUUCUGAUAUCGUAUUUGACUCGUUGUUCCUUCAAAUAUUUUAAGUUAUUGAAAUCACAGAAUAUGAUGUUCUUUCAUAAUUCUAACUCGUAUGCCUGAUUCUAUCAAGAGUUAGUCAAAUAAAAUAAUUCUAAUAUUAUAAAAAACCAAUUUCAUUUCAAUAGGCUGAUGCAAUAUAAUAGUUUGGUGCAGAACAACUGUGAAGACAUGUUAUAAUGUUUUUCGGGUCAUUUAGACGUGGUAGCUCUAAAAUGAAGCAAUUCAAAACGCCAUUCCUCUCAUUGCAAUUCAAAUUGACACAAUGAAUUGACGAAUCUCCAAGAUACUUCAUUUUUUCACUCUCAAACGAGCCAUUUCAAUUCAAAUACUUUAUUAUGGGACAAUUCAACUUCAUUGUCUUCUUUAGUAGAGGAAUUUUAUCAGAUCUCUUACCAAGAUCAACUUGGUUAGGUGGAACCAAAACCCACGGUUGAGAAAUGAUAUCAGUCAUCAAAUUCUCAACACUUGAUCAUAAAGAGAUUUAUGUGGAGUUAGUCUUGUAAUGUGGGUUCACUUUUAUAAUUACCCUCUUAAUCAAACAAUUAGCUAGAACCCUCCAAUUAAUUACUCACCAAAUCCCACAUGAGAAAGAGCAAAUCAUGUGAUUCACCCGUGCACACGUGAUAGUGAAUGGUGCCCUUAUCAUGAAAGAGACUCAUUGAGGACCAAAAAUCAAAACUCGAGAAAAGAAAAUGGGUGCAGUUGG